AUGAUCGCUGGAGGAGACUACAUUACAAUUCUUUCUCCAGGAACAUUCGAGCGCAGUUUAAUCCAGAAAAUGAAAGGAGUUAUGUUGGUUUAUACAAACACAUUGAGUUAUGUUGUCAACAUGGACCUUUUGAGCAAUAAACUGGUGGGGGAAAUACCCAAGGCGUUGAUACUUCUUUCAGGAUUGCUUGGUCUUAACUUGUCUAACAAUCACCUCACAGGUCGUAUUCCAGAUAGAAUUGGUGAUAUGCAUUCGUUAGAGUCUCUUGACCUUUCUAUCAUCCAUCUUUCAGGGAUAAUCCCUCAAAUUCUGUCGGCAUUAACAUUUCUUAGCCAUCUGAAUUUGUCACACAAUAACUUAUCCAGAAGAAUCCCAACAGGAAGUCAGCUCCAGACGCUCACUGAUCCAUCAAUAUAUGCUGGCAAUAAUGAGCUUUGUGGUAGUCCGUUGCCAAUCAAUUGCAACCAUGAUGAAGUCCCAGAAAUGGGAAGAAAUGUUGAGGAAGAUGAAGACGAUGAUGGCGAUAAGAAGGAUGGAUUUAUGGUGCAACAGGCGGUUUCACAACCGGGUUUAUGGGAAUUGUGGGAGUUCUGGUGCUUAAGAAAAGAUGGAGACUCACUUUCUUCAAUUUUGUUGGAUAUUACAUCUACAAGAAAGUGUGAUACUUUAAAGCAAAUUAUAAUGCUUGCGGAUUUCGUUUCUUUUCUUAGACAAAGUCUUGAACACAAAAUAAUGCGGAGUGGAUUGAGCAACUCGUCUAAAACUUCAUGGACCAAUUGA